AUGAAUCAGUGUGAGGACAGAGAGGAGGGAGCCCCUCCCUCUAAAAGCACUCUGUGUGGGGAACGUGAUGCCCAAAAACAACAACACAAACCUGACUCUGCUGGACCUGGACCUGAACCCAGCUGUGCGUCCUUAAAGAGAGAUCCAUCCAUGGAACAACCGAUUGCUUUCAAACAUGGAGAUCAGUCUGAUCAACCAAAACCAGACUCUCCUAGACCUGGACCAAGUUGUGUGUCCUUAAAGAGUGACUGGUCUAUCGGUCGAUUUGUGGAGUUCAAAGAUGGAAGUCGUGUCAAACAUCAGAGACCAGACUCUCCUGGACCUGGACCCAGCUGUGUGUCCUUAAAGAGUGACUGGUCAAUCGGUCGAUUUAUGGAGUUCAAGUCUGUAGAGAUGAGUGAUGAUGAAAGAGUUGAAAGAUCAGAGGUUCCCAUUGGUCAGUCUGCCCAGCAGCAUCACACACAGCUGGACUCCAUUAUGAUGCUGCGCCAGGAGAACAUCAUCAGUUUUGUAAAGGCAGAGCUGAAGAGGAUCCAGAGAGCUCUGAAUCCAGAUUACCCAGAAUGUUUUGAGAGUCAGAGGGAGGAUGAGGAUGAAGAGCAGAGGAGGAGCAGAGAGGCCUUUCUGGAGAUCACUCUGCACUUCCUGAGGAGAAUGAAGAAGGAGGAGCUGGCUUACUGUCUGCAGAGCAGAACUGUUCCUGCUGCAGAGUGCAGACAUAAACUGAAGUCUGACCUGAAGGAGAAGUUCCAGUGUGUGUUUGAGGGGAUCGCUAAAGCAGGAAACCCGACCCUUCUGAACCAGAUCUACACAGAGCUCUACAUCACAGAGGGAGGGACUGGAGAGGUCAAUGAUGAACAUGAGGUCAGACAGAUUGAAACAGCAUCCAGGACACCACACAGAGCAGAAACAACCAUCAGACAAGAAGACAUCUUUAAAGGCUCACCUGGAAGAGAUCAACCAAUCAGAACAGUGCUGACAAAGGGAGUGGCUGGCAUCGGGAAAACAGUCUUAACACAGAAGUUCACUCUGGACUGGGCUGAAGACAAAGCCAACCAGGACAUCCAGUUCACAUUCCCCUUCACUUUCAGAGAGCUGAAUGUGCUGAGAGAGAGACAGUUCAGCUUGGUGGAACUUGUUCAUCACUUCUUUACUCAAACCAAAGAAGCAGGACUCUGCAGGUUUGAAGAGUUCCAGGUUGUGUUCAUCUUUGACGGUCUGGAUGAGUGUCGACUUCCUCUGGACUUCCACAACAAUCAGAUCCUGACUGAUGUUACAGAGUCCACCUCAGUGGAUACACUUCUGACAAACCUCAUCAGGGGGAAUCUGCUUCCCUUUGCUUGCCUCUGGAUAACCACAAGACCUGCAGCAGCCAAUCAGAUCCCUCCUGAGUGUGUUGACAUGGUGACAGAGGUCAGAGGGUUCACUGACCCUCAGAAGGAAGAGUACUUCAGGAAGAGAUUCAGAGACCAGGAGCAGGCCAUCAGAAUCAUCGCCCACAUCAAGACAUCCCGAAGCCUCCACAUCAUGUGCCACAUCCCAGUCUUCUGCUGGAUCACUGCUACAGUUCUGGAGGAUGUGCUGAAAACCAGAGAGGGGGGAGAGCUGCCCAAGACCCUGACUGAGAUGUACAUCCACUUCCUGGUGGUUCAGUCCAAACUGAAGAGCAUCAAGUAUGACGGAGGAGCUGAGACAGAUCCACUCUGGAGUCCAGAGAGCAGGAAGAUGAUCGAGUCUCUGGGAAAACUGGCUUUUGAGCAGCUGCAGAAGGGAAACCUGAUCUUCUAUGAGUCCGACCUGACAGAGUGUGGCAUUGAUAUCAGAGCAGCCUCAGUGUACUCAGGAGUGUUCACACAGAUCUUUAGAGAGGAGAGAGGACUGUACCAGGACAAGGUGUUCUGCUUCAUACAUCUGAGCGUUCAGGAGUUUCUGGCUGCUCUUCAUGUCCAUCUGACCUUCACCAACUCUGGACUCAACCUGAUGGAAGAAGAACAAACAACAUCCUGCUGGUCUAAUAUAUUGAGAGACAAACCAGAAAAAACAAGUUUCUACCAGAGUGCUGUGGACCAGGCCUUUCAGAGUCAAAACGGACACCUGGACUUGUUCCUGCGCUUCCUCCUGGGUCUUUCACUGCAGACCAAUCAGACUCUCCUGGGAGGUCUGCUGACACAGACAGGAAGUAGCUCACAGACCAAUCAGGAAACAGUCCAGUACAUCAAGGAGAAGAUCAGUGAGGAUCUGUCUGCAGAGAGAAGCAUCAACCUGUUCCACUGUCUGAAUGAACUGAAUGAUUAUUCUCUAGUGGAGGAGAUCCAACGGUCCCUGAGAUCAGGAUGUCUCUCCACAGAUGAACUGUCUCCUGCUCAGUGGUCAGCUCUGGUCUUUAUCUUAAUGUCAUCAGAGAAAGAUCUGGACGUGUUUGACCUGAAGAAAUACUCUGCUUCAGAGGAGGCUCUUCUGAGGCUGCUGCCAGUUAUCAAAACCUCCAGCAAAGCUGUGCUGAGUGGAUGUAACCUGUCAGAGAGAAGCUGUGUAGCUCUGUCCUUAGUCCUCAGCUCCCAGUUCUCCAGUCUGAGAGACCUGGACCUGAGUAACAACGACCUACAGGAUUCAGGAGUUGAGUUUCUGUCUGCUGGACUAAAGAGUCCACACUGUAAACUGGAAACCCUCAGGUUUGCUGGAUGUAACCUGUCAGAGAGAAGCUGUGUAGCUCUGUCCUCAGUCCUCAGCUCCAAGUCAUCCAGUCUGAGAGAGCUUGACCUGAGUAACAACGACCUGCAGGAUUCAGGAGUUGAGCUUCUGUCUGCUGGACUGAAAAGUCCAAACUGUAACAUUGAAACUCUCAGUCUGUCAGGUUGUCUGAUCACAGAGACAGGCUGUGCUUCUCUGGCCUCAGCUCUGAACUACAACUCCUCCCACCUGAGAGAGCUGGACCUGAGCUACAACCAUCCAGGAGACCAAGGAGUGGAGCUAAUAUCUGCUGGACUGGAGGACCCACUCUGCAGACUGGAUACACUGAGGCUGAGUGGAUGUAACCUGUCAGAGAGAAGCUGUGAAGCUCUGUCCUCAGUCCUCAGCUCCCAGUCCUCCAGGCUGAGAGACCUAGACUUGAGUAACAAUGACCUGCAGGAUUCAGGAGUUGAGCUUCUGUCUGCUGGACUGAAGAGUCCCCAAUGUAAACUUGAAACUCUCAGUCUGUCAGGUUGUCUGGUCACAGAGACAGGCUGUGCUUCUCUGGCCUCAGCUCUGAGCUUCAACUCCUCCCGACUGAGAGAGCUGGAUCUGAGCUACAACCAUCCAGGAGACCAAGGAGUGAAAACAAUAUCUGCUGGACUAGAGAACCCACUCUGCAGACUGGAUACACUGAGGGUGGACCAUGGUGGAGAGCAGAGGUUAAAAUCUGGAGUGAAUAAGUAUGUCUGUGAACUCACUCUGGACUCAAACACAGCACACAGAAAGCUCAGUCUAUCUGAAAACAACAGGGAGGUGACAUAUGUAAAAGAGGAUCAGUCAUAUCCUGAUCAUCCAGACAGAUUUGACUCCUGGCCUCAGCUGCUGUGUAGAGAUGGUCUGACUGGUCGCUGUUACUGGGAGGUCGAGUGGAGAGGAUGGGUUUAUAUAUCAGUGAGUUACAGAGGAAUCAGAAGGGAAGGAAACAGUACUGACUGUAUGUUUGGAUCUAAUGAACAGUCCUGGAGACUGUUCUGCUCUGAUGGAGGUUACGCUGUCUAUCACAAUAAGAGAAGAACAGACCUCCCUCUCUCCUCGUCCCCUGUCUCUCAUAGAGUAGCAGUGUAUGUGGACUUUCCUGCUGGCACUCUGUCCUUCUACAGAGUCUCCUCCGACUCACUGAUCCACCUUCACACCUUCAACACCUCCUUCACUGAACCUCUGUAUCCUGGGUUUCUGUUGUCUUCUGGUUCCUCAGUGUGUCUGUGUUCUGUGUAGCAGGAAGAGUCUCCUCCCCUCUCGCAACAAACACUACAAACACAAACAGCUGGUACACAAAUGAGGAAUACUAAAACUGUUAAGAGCUCGUCAUCUUUAGAAAUGUUUAAUAAUAAACUGUCAUCACAUUUAAUUCAUGAUGUUUAAACUAUUACUUUGUUUAUAUUUUUUGUUCUGUCAUUUUCUUUUUAUAAGAUUGUACUGCUUCAAUAUAUCACAACUUAAUUAAUGAUUAACAGAUAUGUGUGUGUUUAUUGCUGUUCUUGUGUGUUUUCAUUGUAGUUUUGUUUCUUAUGAGAAAUGGUCCUUUGUAUAAGCCUGGUGGCUCCUUGACCUUUCCUGGCACACCCUUAGUCUUUUUUUUUGUAUAAUCUGAUAUUAUGCAAU